AUGCUAGAGCUGUCAGGAUACAUUAACAAAUUUCCACCUGAGGCGUUCAACAGCUCAUCUCCAAUACAUAUAGCUCCAAUUCUCUCUUCUCGCUUGGAACGCGACUAUCCACUUCCUUUAACAACUUCUAGUGGGGAAGCUAAUGUCAAUGAUGAUGUGGUACAACAGUUAUGUCCUAAUUGCAAACACCAAUCUGUAGAUCUUGCAACCAUUUUGGCGGAAGGUGAGUUCAAAAUUUCAAGAUGAUC